AUGGCUGAGGAAGCCUCGUCGACCUUCUCCCUCGCCGGCAAAGGCCUCAAAAUCGACACCAAGGAAGAUCUCGAGAAACACAUUGACCUACUAAGGUCGUCCUCUUCUGUCACUCACAUCGAUCUCUCUGGAAACACACUAGGCGUCUCUGCAUGCGCCGCACUCGCACCCAUUUUGGCCUCAAAGUCAACUCUGCAAAGCGCCGAUCUACACGAUAUCUUCACGUCGCGUCUUCUCGACGAGAUCCCACCAGCACUAUCCUCUCUUCUCACUGCCCUACUCGAGUGCCCCAACCUGCACACGAUAGACCUGAGCGACAAUGCAUUCGGUCUCAACACGAAGGAUCCCCUCGUGGAUUUCCUGUCCAAACACACCCCGCUGAAGCACCUGGUCUUGAAUAACAAUGGCAUGGGUCCCGAAGCAGGCACUGCCAUUGCCGAAGCGCUUAUCAAGCUGGCGGAGAGGAAAGAGACGGCCAGAAAAGAGGGGAAGAGCGUACCAUAUCUGGAAAGCAUAGUUUGCGGCCGCAAUCGGUUGGAGAACGGGAGCAUGCCUGCCUGGGCGAGGGCGUACGAGGCACACAAGGCCGGAAUCAAAAGCGUCAAGAUGACGCAAAAUGGUAUCCGACCGGAGGGUAUCUCCCACCUAAUCACAUCCGGACUGUCAAAAUGUGAAAACCUCGAGGUCCUCGACAUGCAAGACAAUACGUUCACUCUCAAAGGCGCACAGGCCCUGGCAAACGCGCUCAAUGGUUGGUCGAAUCUCAAAGAGCUCGGCGUUGGCGACGAUCUACUGGGCGCCCGUGGCGCAAUCAAAGUUUUCGAGUCUUUCUCCGGAGGAGGUAACGAGAGUGUGGAGAUUCUCAGACUACAGUACAACGACAUCACUCCAGCGGGCGUGAAGUCGCUGUUGAGAGCUGCAAAGCACGAUCUACCAAGGUUACGACGGGUGGAACUGAACGGGAACAAGUUUGAAGAGGAGGACCCGUCAAUUGAAGAACUGGCUGCACUGUUGAGCGACAGAAGAGAUGAGUUGGGCAAGGACGAGGAUCCAGAGGAUCACUGGGGACUGGACGAGUUAGAUGAAUUGGAAGGAGAAGAGGACGAGGAGGACGAAGAAGAAGAAGAAGCCGAAGAGGAGGACGAGGAGCAGGAGGAGCUGGCGGAGAGAAUCCUCAAGGAGGCUGAAGAGGCCGAGGGGGAGAAGGUGGCAGAGAAGAAGGAUAAAGAAGUCGAUGAGUUGGCCAAUGCUCUGGAAAAGACGCAUGUAUGA